AUGGAACUCAUGGGCAUGGAUACCGACUCUCUGCGCGCGGUAGUCAACACCGUUAUCGCAAGCGGAAGAAGCCAGGAUAUCAAGUCGCUUCGCCAGACAUGCAAAGAUAUCCUCAGUAUGGUACCGACACACAUUCUUCUCUCCACCAUGCGUAUAACACUCAACUACGAGAACUACAAGUUCUUCCUGGAGUUGUCUACCUCUGAUCGGCGAUACGAUGUCACUCAAUUGGUCGUCGAGCUAGAGCUGCCGCUACAGACAUACACCCGCAACGAAUGGGAGACAUGGUUGAGAACCUUCAGUCUAUAUUCGCCACUACUAGAAGAGAGUACCAGAAGUCGUGUUGCAUACCGAUGGGCCCUCAGACCGCGGAUCGAUGCGCUCAGAGCACUCAAUCAACAUGAUCAACUGAAGCAGAAGGAUGCAUGCUGGGAGGUCUACAAGAAGGCGCUCGCAGCGCACGAGGCUUUCACCCAUGAUUGGCAGAACAACGGGGCCUGCAAGUGGAAGGAGAUAUUCCAGGCAUUCACAAACCUCCAAAGUGUCCAUUUUGUAGCCGGGCCCGCAUCGAGGCUCAACAACGUCGGCAUAGCCAGCAACCUGAGUCUGUUUUCUAUACACUACAGAACUCUGACACUGCCUCCUCUGAUCAAAGAUGUUGGAUACGAGGACCAGGACAACGCCUACUUCGCGCGCGAAACCGAGCCUGAACGGGUUCCAGGCAUGUGGGUGUGCUCAAUCCUGGAUGCUCUGCAUGCGUCAGCCGUCUCACACGUCGAGUACCUUGUCCUAGACUCCCUUCCAACACAGUUAUUCCGCCAUCUGAACCUGACAUCAUCAAGUUCUGGUCUUCCAGGUCUUAAAUACCUUUAUGUUUGCCUCAUGGCCCCCAGAACCAUGGCUGUGCAGGAGGCCAAUCUAGUCCGCACCAAUCUCAACAGAUUUGCCAGUCGCAUCGGUCCCAGCAUGACGGCGCUCGAUUGGUACGGUGGCGUACAUACGAACGAGAUCACUCGCGUGUCCGUCAGUCCGCCUGUUCUCGGCCCAACGCUCAACCCCCCGGUGGGUCUGGCCUCUUCGAUCCGGAAGGUCCAACUUUACCGGGUUAAGGAUUCCUUCUCGGCUUUGACGGGCUUGUUCGGGGCUAUCGGCCAUGGCUUGACCGCUCUUACACUGUCACAUGUGACCUUGACGAAUGGGUACUGGGUGGACAUGUUCCAUCUCAUUCAUGACAUCUGCCAGAACCUGCAGACCGCCACCAUCGUGGAUGGGACUGAGUUGACCGAGGUCGGGAGCGUGAGCGGACCGAGAGUCUGGCGAGUCGAUGUCUCUUUCCCUGGAAUUCUUUUGCCUGCGAUCUGCGGCUGGCUCGAGCGAUCGCCGGCCUGGCAGAUGGCUCCGCUGCGUGCAAGACGGGAUGGGGGUCAUCCGGCUGAGUGGGGACGUGUUAGUGACCAGUCCUUCAGCUACCCGUGA